AUGAAAAUCAGUUAUUUUAGAUUCCUUAACUUCUGGACUAAGCAGCCAAGUUUCCAAGACUUGGUUAAAGAAGUCUGGGACACUCCUAUUCAGGGUAAUCCUAUGUGGACUCUGCAUCAAAAGAUGAAAAUUCUUAGCAACAAGCUCUCAAAAUGGUCCAGAGAAAAUAUUGAGACGAGCAGAGAAAACCUCAACAAAGUCCAAGCUGAGUAUAUCAAAUGGCAAGCUAUGCAAGAAUCCUUACUUAAACAGAAAGCCCAGAUUCAAUGGUUUGAAGAUGGCGAUUGUAACACUAGAUACUUUCACAAUGUUAUUAGAGAAAGAAGAAGGAAGUGUCAGAUUCACAUAAUCAAAAAUCAUAGAGGAAAGUGGAUGAGAAGUGAGCAAAGUAUUAAGAAAGCUGCUAUUAACCACUAUGAAAAGCUCUUUAAUCUCCCUAAGAAGGAUCACAACAUGGAUAUCAUUGAUUGUAUCCCCAAAAUUGUUACUGAGGAAGAUAAUGACUACUUGACCAGGAUGCCUACAGAAGAGGAGAUAAGAGAGGCUAUAUUCAACAUCUCCACUGAUAGUGCUGCUGGUCCGGAUGGCUUCAACGGAGCCUUUUAUCAGAGUUGUUGGCAUAUUAUUAAAGUGGAUAUCACUCGAUUUGUUCGGGCUUUCCUCAAUGGAGCUCAGAUCACGAAGUAUUUUUCUCAUACCUGUCUGGUCCUUAUUCCCAAAACUGAUGCUUCGGAGACCUUCUCUGAUCUAAGGCCUAUUAGUCUUAGCAAUGAUAGACUGAUCAUGGAAAAUGUCCUCCUUGCUCAGGAAAUCAUCCAGAGGAUCAACAGCUACAACAAAGGAGGGAAUAUUAUUAUUAAAUUGGAUAUGGAAAAAGCUUAUGAUAGAAUGUCCUGGGAGUUCAUCAAUGCUGUGAUGAGGAAGUUUGGUUUCUCUGAGAAAUGGAUCAACAUGACUCAGAGGAUCUUAUCCAUGUUUGGUAUUCCAUCAUAUUAA